UGAAAAUGUCUGAAGAUGUUUAUGACGGCAUCCCAUCUGAAGAAAAAUCUGAAGUAAUGGAAAUGCCCAGCAAUGAGGUAUUGCCUCAUGAGUCAGUACCACACCUCGUGGAAGCUGAGAUCUUGCAUGAGUCUUCACAAGAUGAACAUGGACAGGCCACUCAGAGUGCCAGUAAUAAACAGGAAGUAGACAUAUUUAGUAGUGAAAACCCUUUGACUGAAAAAAUAAUUGAAAGUCUGCCUUCCAAUGGAGAGGCAACUGAAGAUAUGCCCACUGAGUGUAAUGAGACCGUAAGCCUUGAUGCAGAACCUGAAUCUCAUGAAACACAGCAUGAACAAAGCAGUCCAGCCACAGACUCCUCAUCUAAAGCAAGUAGAUGGGGAGCUUGGGGUACGUGGGGAAAGUCUCUCCUGUCAUCAGCUUCUGCCACAGUGGGUCAUGGCAUAACAGCAGUGAAGGAAAAAGCAGGAACUACCCUAGGAAUUCAUAACACAAGUUCUACAUCUUCGGAAACAGCAGAGCCUCCUGCAGCUGAAACACUAAUUAUACAAGCAGAAGAUUCUCUGGACCAAAGCUCUUCUGAGAAUAUUCCUUCAUCUGGAUCUCGCAGCAUGUUGUCAGCUAUCACUAAUGCUGUACAGAACACAGGGAAAAGUGUAUUAUCUGGAGGCUUAGAUGCUUUGGAAUUUAUUGGGAAGACAACCAUGAAUGUCCUUGCAGAAAGCGAUCCUGGAUUUAAGAGAACCAAAACACUGAUGGCAAGAACAGUUUCUCUAUCUCAGCUGUUGAGAGAAGCUAAAGAAAAAGAGAAACAGAGGCGGGCCCAGCAAGUUACAGUUGAAAGAACUGCACAUUAUGGACUACUUUUUGAUGAAUUCCAAGGUUUGUCUCAUCUUGAAGCUCUGGAAAUCCUAUCAAAUGAAAGUGAAGCUCAGAUUCAGUCAUAUUUAGCAACACUUGAUGGAGAACAGUUGGAGACUGUGAAAAAUGAUUUAAUUUCUAUAAAAGAGAUUUUUAUUCCAAAGGAAUCAGAUGACGAAGUGGUGCAGGCACAGAAAGAUAUGGGAGAAGAGUUUGUCAGCAUGCUCACUGAACUGCUGUUUGAAUUGCACGUUGCCGCUACUCCUGACAAACUUAAUAAGGCUAGGAAAAAAGCUCAUGAAUGGCUGGAAGAAGCCAGUUUUUCCACCCCAGUAGACAUAGAAGAGGAGCUAAAAGAAAAACCUGAAGAACCUGGUGAAGAAAAGACUGAAAAAGAAGAUAAAAUUGACAGUGAUAAACCAGUAGAUAAAAGCAAAACUGUGGAGGAAAUCUACAUGCUGUCCAUUGAAAGUCUGGCUGAGGUAACUGCUCGUUGUAUUGAACAGCUUCAUAAAGUAGCAGAAUUAAUUCUACAUGGGCAGGAAGUAGAAAAAACAGCUCAAGAUCAAGCAAAAGUACUGACAAAUUUAACAAGUGCCAUGUGUAAUGAAGUUUCAUCUUUAUCCAAGAAGUUUUCUGAUUCUUUAACAGCAGCUGGGAGCAGUAUGAAGGCAGAGGUUCUUAACCCUAUCAUCAACUGUGUGCUAUUAGAGGGCUGCAACAGCACUACUUAUAUUCAGGAUGCUUUCCAGCUAUUGCUUCCAGUUCUGCAAAUUUCACAUAUCCAGACCAGUUGUUUGAAAGUGCAAGAGUGACCAUUUCCCAACAGUUGUCACCACUGGGCUUAACAGAAACCACAGACAUAAUGUUUUUAAUGUAUGCAGAUAGAGGAGCUGGUAUGAGAGAUGUCUGGCCACUUAGAGUCCUCUGAAGACACUAUACGCGGUUUUGCACAUACAAUAUUGAAAAACAUUUUUAAACUCUUUCAGACUUUUAGACUUUAGAAGUAGUUAGUAAAGUGAGUAAUUUCAUCUGUAUUAGAGUAUAUCAUUUGCAUUAAUUUAAACAAGUUUAUUGAUAUCAGCAUUGACAAAUACGGAUUCUAAAUGUUGACCCAUUCAGUUGUAGGUGAUGUAUGAAGCAAAUUAGAAUGUAAAGUUUUUUAAAACAUUUUGGCCCAAAUGACCAUUUCUAUUGUUUUUAUUCUAACUUUCAGUUCAAAAUGUAUAUUUCAAAAGUUGGUUUUGGUAUUUAAUUUUAGCCAACAUGAACAAAUUAUCUUAGUGUUGUGCUUGUUAAAUAUUAUUUACAGUAGCAAGUAAUAACAUCAUAAUAAUAUGUACCACCUACAUAACACUUUGUGUUGAAAGAGUUGUACAGUAAUAGGUGUUAACUUUACUAAAUGAAAAUUAUGGAGGAUAUGCAUAAAGAUUUAUACUGAAGAGAAAUUUUCUGAGCCAAUUAAGAGUACAGGUAAAGCUCUAUAUUUGCUGACCCAUGAUAUUAUAUUCCUUCGUGUCUAUUUCUUAAUUCAAACGGCUGAACUACAUCACAGGCCAAAGUGAUCUUUUUAAUAUGCAAGGAAUAGAAAAUUUCCCUUUUGUUUGUCAGUUGAAACAUCCUCAAAAUAAUCUCCUCUCAGAGGUGUUACUAGGUUAGCACUUUGGGGUUUAAUUUAGGCUUCAAGCGUUAUGACUUUUUUUCAAAUGGAGUUCCUGACACAUCAGAAAUACAGGUUUUGGGCACAAAAAAAGAAGUUGUGAAAAGAAGUUAUUAGAGAAGUGUUUUGGGUGGGGACAUCAUAUGUCGGAGUAGUAGUUGAACAGAGCAUAAGUGAGCAGCAGGAAUGACAUUUCUUAAUAACAGUAGCAACCGUGAUAAUUUGUCCAUAUCCUUAGCUUAAAAUCCUGAGCUGUAAGCCUCAAAAUUUGUUUAGGAUAGUUUACCUCAUAGACAGGAAGAACCUUCCAAUAUUUUAUGUAGCCUAUUCCCUGGAUUUUCAUUGUUUAUUACAUUUCUUUCAGCUAUUUUGUAUUUUUCUCCUCUCAAUACACUCUUGAAUUGUAUUUAAAUGCUUUUUAAUUGUAGUUAACAUCUGAAUACGUUUAAUCAUAGAAGCAUAGUUCAUACAUCAUAAAAAUAAUGAAAUAGAGUAUGAGGAAAUACUCUCCUGUUUGUUAGAAAAGAGAAACCACAUGUCUGCUUUGCACUUGGUAACUUCUUUGAGUCCAUAUAAGAAGACAGAAAGAUCUGUUUGUGUCUUAUACUAUUGUUCUGCUGUCACACGCAUUGUGACUUGUUAUUUAGAGAUGAAAUUUUCACUAUCCUUGAAAUAAGGUUUAUUACACAAAAUCUAUUUUCUGUCACCCUGUAAUUUAACAGAUUUGAGAUAUCUUCCUGAUAAGUAGAAGGGCUGCAGUCUGCAAAUCUACUUACAAAGAACGUAAAAAAAAUUACAGCAAUGUGAACAAAAAUAAGGAAGCCCCUUGGCAGCUGAAAGGCAAACAAAGCUUGACACGCAUUGCCAUAUUGAUUUAUGCCAUAUUGAACAGCUAACAUCAUUACCUCAACAUGGGAGAAAGCAGGACACAGGAAAGUGCAACUGGUCAGCAGGCUCACUAGCCCAAAGGUAGGAUACAGCUCCCACCAACCGUUACAUCCACAACACUUCUUGUGUUUAGUUGGUGCAAAACAUUUCAUCUCUGGCUUCUACACUUCGAGGGGAAUAAGCAGACUCCUCUAGCAGUCCUGGCUGGCUGUUGGAAGAGACACACACUUGUACUUACUUGACCAGUGGUCAUUCUUGUAUCCACACUUUGACCCAGAAGAACACCUCCUCAGCACAGAUUACUGAGGACCAUGUACUUGCUCCAUAUACUUGAUAAUGAGCAGUUUUCAGUUUUCAAGAUCUGGACACUGGUGAAAGCAUUCAGUAGCUUGUAAAAAGGCCUAUUUGUUUAAAAAGGUUUUUUCUGUUGUUCUAUGAUGGCAAGCAGAAUAUUACACCUGGUUAAAAGCUUGGGUUUUUUUCACAUUAAGACUGUCAAGUCUAGUGUUUUCACCUAUCAAUUGUUACACCCUGGAUUUAUUUUUACUUUAAUUUGAUCGUUGUUUUUCAUCAAGUAGCCUUUCUUGUCCACAUUGGAGCAGAGCUCUGCAUCAGUUACCUGUGAACAUUGUAUUACUGCCAAAUGAGUCAUAGAACACAGCAGUAGCUGUUUCAUACUGUUCCUAUGCCGAGUUAAUAUUAUCAGACAUAAAUUAAUUUAGUAACUUUUUCAUGCAGAUCUUUUUUUUUUCUCUGAGAUGCAGUGCAGAAUAUAUAGUGCUAUGCCUGUCAGAAAUAUGUGUUGACUAAUAGUAGUGCCUUUUAGCAGUGGCUGAACAACACAGCAUUAGAAGCCUCAGGGGAUAAUGUUUGAAAUCAUUGAGGGGCAUUCUUAAGACAAAGAUUGCUUGUCUGAGAUAUUCCUUACUAAAGGUUUCACUGUCUUGCUUAAAUUAUGUAUGUAUUGAAUAAAGUACCUUACCCUAAAGUAAAAGAAGCUGUAAAAAAUAACUUGGGGACUUAUUUGCAUCCAUACAAUGUAGGAAGAGAAACAGGGCAGAAUAUGAGCAUAGGGAUACUCCAUCUGAUCUCAGAUGCAAGCAUUUUGUCCUAAAAAAAAUGAAUGUUACAUCUUUAAAUCAGUUUUAGGUAAAUAGUAUUUCAGUAGAAAACUACUGUGUGGAUGUAACCAGAAUAUUUUGGUUACACUAGUCUGUAUUUUUCCAUCAGUCAAAUAAAUCAUUUGAGACACUAAACUGAAACAGUAUACUAGAAAAGAAUGUUUUGAAGAAUGAUAUGAUGGGUGGAUGUACUCGAAGUCUUUCACUUUCUGAUUUUGCAAUUUACCUUUGGAAUGACUGAUUUUACUGAGUGUCUGACAAAAACAGAUGUUGCCUUAAACCUUUAGGGGAGAGUGUUCUUUUUCUCAUCACCACCUUUUUCCAGGUCAGUACACUGAGUGUACAUCGGCACUUGUCAAACUACUAGGUUUUAAGUACUUAUUUAUGAAAUAACUUA